AGGUCGAAAACUGAAGAGAUUGCAUCAGGGGUCUUUGUGAUUGGAGCUAUGGAUAAAAUUUCCAACAACUCGGAGACUCCCUCACAAGCCGAGUGGACCGUGUGACCAUUUAAGAAGAGAAGUACCAAGUUGGGGGAAGGUGUGGUCUUUUAAACAAUGUCAAAUCAAUGGGACAGUAUACUACAGCAAGAGCUACUAAGUAAUAGCAAGAAACAAUUUCACAGUGAACUUCUCAGGAAAGAAACGAUCAGAAAAUGGCUUUGUCCUGAAUUAUGUAAAGUUCAGGGGAAGUGUUAACAGGCAUCUUGUAGAGAUACGCACUGUGACUGCUAACUAGCAUUAACUACUAUGCACUACUCAGAAUUCUGGUUAAGCACAAAGAACAGCUACCCUAUCUCAAGGGAACAAUUGUGAUUGAUCAUAUCAUUAAGGCUGCGGAGACAACAAAGGUUGCUGCUGUUCCUCUACAGUGCAUUGACCAAAAGUGUAGGUUGGUGGCAACUUCAAACAGAAGUUUCAUUUGCCAUUUAGCAAACAGAUUCCUGUAGUGUCCUGUAUGUUCAUUGUGACUGUUUUUAUUAUUAUAGGAUAUGUAGUAGAUAUGUUGUAGAUAUGUGGUCUCGAGAGGUCAAACGAUUAAAAACAUGUUGUUGUUAUGAAGCGAGUUGUUUAGUAUAUUAGGACGAAGACACCACAAUUCGAAAGAGACUAAAUGUGUAAUUUCAUCAAUUUACAAAUACUGUAUAAAGUUUUGAAUUAGAAACUUGUGUUUACAUAAUAAUAACAUUGUAAAUUUUUUGUCCAAACAAGCCGAAGAACACUAUACAAUGACCCUGCCCUAAGUGCUCAAACCAGGACUGCUCCACCCAAAGUCCACUGCCGUCACUAAUAUACCACUGUGCCUUAAAGUCUGGUUUUCAUUAGCGACGGAGUCGGUGUCAGAGUCGGAGUCGUAACAGGGCUUAUGACCUAGAGAAAAUCGAAAAACGGAGUCGUAAGCGGAGUCAUAAACUCGACGAAUCAGAACGUUUCCAUUUCCUUCCGAUUCCACUAAUGACUCCGUCGCUUACGACCUAGUGAAAACUGCAUUGUCGGAGUCGGAAGCGAAAGAAUAAACCAAUCCAAUGCUUGUUCUCAGGAUCUCCGAGUACAAUUCGACAAACAACAUGGCGGCUUCCUUAGACGAAAAAAUUGCAGAGGCGGCGAGACGUUUCCCGAUACUUUACGAUAAACCAUGCAGACUUUAAAGAUAAUAAUACGAAAGAGAACGCAUGGGAAAACGUAGCAAAGAUAGCAGGGCUUUCAUCAGGUAUGUUUAAAUUACAGAAGCGAAAGGCUGUCAUCCAAACUUCGCCAACGUACUGUAACAGUAUUAACUUGUUGCACAAUCCUGCUAAAUGUUUGAUUGUAGCACUUACUGGUACAUUCCUGCAACAGAAUGAUUUUAAAAAAUGCAUGUUUUGGUAGCAAGACUGCAAUCUAACAAAUCACAAGUAUUAUAAUUUGUGGGGAAAUGUGGAUGGCACAUAAUAGUGUGUGAACUAUUUAUAUCUAUAUUUACAAAUGACCUUGAGAGAAAAUUUUAUCAUAUAAGAAUUUAAGAGUCCUUAAAGAAAGAAAGAAACCAAACAUAGAUACAAGAAAAAAAGAAAGCUAUUCAAAUGUAACUGUCUGGCUGUUGCACAUUAUGCCAGAAAUGCCAACAUUGAGAUAGGGUAUUUCAGAUCCCAGUACUGGCUUAACACAUUCCUUCAUUUUUAGGGGAGGAGGCCAAAACGUAUUUCACUAAUAUGAGAACCUGAUACACCCGUGAUAGGAAGAAAUUAAAGAAAGUCAAAGUUAGUGGUACUAGGUCUAAAGAUGUAUCGAAAGUGAAGGAUGAGGUUGAAGAUAUGUUUUUCUACCUGGCUUGGCUUGAAAAAACGUCUUCUAAUUUCAUUACCAUUGAUUCAGGAAAUGAGGGGUCGGAAGAUGAUGAUACCCAGAAUGUAGAUGAAAAAUCUAAUACAACUGAGACAACAACCAGUGAUGCUGACAAUCAUGCAGCCAGUAAUUUUCGACCAACAAAAAAGCCCAAGUUACAAACGAAAAGAAAAAGUGCAGGAAAAAAUCAGGAUGUUCCAAAUGCAGAAGUGCAAGUUCUGCAGUCGAUAGGAGAAAAACUUGGGCAGAAGCAAACACCAGACUUCAAAGAUAAAAAUGAAUGUUUGGUGUCUUGA